CACACACACUCACACACUAAAACACUUCCUCUCUCUCCAAAAUGACCUUCUGCAAAGUGCAAAAGAACCCGUGUCCUUCGUCUCCUUCCCCGACCUCCAUCAUGCCCUUUUACGUAAUUUCACAUUCGCCACUUGAUCCAACGGCCCCAACCCUUCCACAUACUCGUCUUCUUCUUUGCGCUUGCUUGGUCCUUGCUCGCCUACUCUACACCCUUCCACACUCUAUUAUUUCUCCACCUCUUCUUCUUCUUCCUCCCUUUCUGUUGUUUCCCUAUCUCCCCUCUUUUCCUAGGGUUUCCUCUCGUAUUCUCGCUCCUCUCUUGUUCUUCCUUUUUUUUCGCCGAAAUUCUCAGUUUUUGGGUCUCUGGCCUCCGGCGUCAACUCCACCAGGGUGUUAUGUUUGUGUUGGUGGUAGUUUUGAAUGGCGAUUGAGAAGAAUAGUUGUAAGGUUUCGAGAUUUGAUUCAGAGUUUUCGCCCUAUGGGAGGGACGGUAAUACUAUGGCGUCCAGUGAGGAUGAGGAGUUUCAGAGGAAAAAUUUGAGUGCCGUUGAUACUGAUGAUGACGAAGAUGAUGAUUUUGAUGACUGUGAUUCCGGGGCAGGCUCUGAUGACGUUGACUUACUUGAAUUUGGGGAAGCUGGGGAGGAGUUUUGCCAGGUUGGUGAUCAGACUUGCAGCAUCCCGGUUGAGUUGUAUGAUCUUCCUGGGUUGCGUGAUAUUUUGAGUGUUGAUGUGUGGAAUGAUGUGCUGACUGAGGAAGACAGGUUCAGCCUUACUCAGUUUUUGCCUGAUAUGGACCAGGAGAACUUUCUCAGGACAUUACUGGAGCUCUUUUCAGGGAGUAAUUUGCAUUUUGGAAACCCUAUUGAUAAAUUAUUUGACAUGUUGAAGGGAGGGUUGUGUGAGCCGAGGGUAGCUAUGUACAGACAGGGAUUGAAUUUCUUCCAGAGGAGACAGCAUUAUCACCUCCUGCGGAAGUAUCAGAAUACCAUGGUUAGUAAUCUUUGUCAAAUGAAAGAUGCUUGGUUGAAUUGUAAGGGGUACAGCAUUGAGGAGAAGCUUCAGGUCCUGAACAUAGUGAGGAGCGAAAAGAGUUUGAUGUAUGAGAAGAUGGAGGAGUUAAAAAGUGACUCGUCCGAAAUGGAGGAGCCAGGAGAUGGCAUGUGGCGUAAGAAGGCGAAGGAUCGGAAACUUGGGCCGAAGUUAAACCGCCAGUCUGCAUAUGGCAUGGGUUCAGCUUCUGACGUGCACUCUCUUGCUUUGAAGAAGACCAUGGAAUCAACAAAACAUGGGAAGCAAAACAAAAAAGGUGCCUUAAAGUUAGGGGGUUCAAAGGCAGCUUUGACAGAAGAGGUAGCUGGUGGUCUUCCUUCCGUGUACAGUGGGACCAUGCCCCUUUCUCAGCAUAAUAGAAUGUCAGGCUAUGAUCCUGGGGCAUCAUUCCGCAGAGGUGAUCAGAUGUUAGCUCCUGAUGAUGAGGGGGAAUCAAUGUAUGAAGUUCCGCUGCACCGUGAACAACGUACCUUGCGAGCAGGGGUUUCAGGUAGAACAGGGAAUUUGAAAGUUGGUAAAAAGCAUGAAGCCUUGGGGAAUGAAGCAUAUUUUGACAAUUCGAUGGGCGUAAAUAUGUAUGGCAAGAAUAAGGCAGUCAAUCAGUUGUCAGACAUCAAGGUUUUAACCUCAAAACCAUUUAAUUCCAGGAUUCCGUAUGUCAAUGAUCAUAGUGUACAGAAUUUUGGGAACUUUAUGCAACAUCCUGCUGAAGAUCGGAUGAGAUAUGUGAAACCAAAAUUGGCAUUAAGAGGGACUGAAAUGGGAACUGUAGACGUGAAUGACCGUUUUUGGCUUGGUGAAGAACAAGGAGGUCAUUUCCUGGCUGAGCAAUCUAGCAAGUACACAGAUUGGAAUGUCAAAAGCAAGAAGCGGAAAAGUGGUCGGGACUCCUCUGAGUUAGGAAUUAGUAAUGGGUUAUAUGAUAUGGAGACUCAAUCGAAGGCGAUGCUGCAAAGAGUUAGAGAAACUUCUUUGCAAAAUGGUGGACGUGCUGCUGCAAAGUACAGAGGCGGAAGAGCAUCUCCCUGGAAUGAUGAAACCGAAUCAGAUUCAUCAGAGCAGAUUGAUGAAGAUGAGGAUGAUAAUCCUCUGAUGAGGAGCAAGUGGGCUUUCCCUAGUGGUGUUUCUGGUGGGAAAUUGGGCCGAGACUCGAGAAAGUCUAAACAUGGGAAGAAGGAUGCAAAAGAUGGGAUGUGGACUCUUGAUGGAUCGUCACAAUUUUCAGGGCCGAUUCCCAAUUUUAGUGAACACCAGCCUAUGAUGAAGAAUGGGAACCCCAGCUGGAGAGCAGAGCAGAAAGGGAAGAUGCACGAUAUUGGUCAAAUUCAGGCUUCUGGUAGUGAUUUGAAUGAGAGGUAUUUCUUUGAGUCUGGGCGACUAACUGGUGGUGUUGAUUGGCAACAAAUUUACCAGAUGGGAAUGAGUGCUCAUGUCCUAGGUGACCAGACUGGAAGACUGCAAGUCCCAGCAUUUAAUGCACUGAAUUUGGACAAGAGAAAAGGAGAAUUUUAUAGAGAAUAUGGGGUUCCUCAGUCAGGUUUUCAACUGGAUAAUGAUCUUGAUGAUGAUGAUUCCCUUCUGAUAAAAUCUUUGGCAGGGAAUGCAAAAGUUUCUGCUAGGCUGGGGAAGAAAGGUCAAUUAGUUGAAACUCAUGCUGGUGGUCAACUUGAAAGAUCUAGUCCUCAGUUGAUUGGAUGCAACUCUGGUGGUAAGAAGCGGAAAGUGAAAGAUGAAGGGGUUCACGUUGAUGAAAGGGAGGAUAUUAACUAUCUACUCUCAGAUGGUCAACUGCAAACAGAAGAUGCGGAUGUGUCAAGGAAGCGGGGAAAGAGGAAAGCUGUUGAUGACACUGAUGCUUUAGAAAAGGGAGGAAAUGAAGUAUCUCUUGUAGAAAAGGAAGUGGAGGAGGCAGAGGCUGAUACGAAACCGCAGAAGAAACCCUUCAUUUUGAUCACACCUUCUUUCCAUACAGGCUUCUCGUUCUCGAUCAUUCAUCUUCUGACUGCAGUUCGAAUGGCGAUGACGGUGCCCCAUGCUGAGAAUUCUUCAGAGGUUGGAAAGCCUCUUGAUCAGAGUGAGGUAACAGCAAAUUUUAAGGAGAGCGAAGAUAUAGAGCAGUCCAUCUGUGAAAAUCAUCCAAAUGCUGAUGUGGAUGUGAAUGCGUCAGAAGCUCCGUCACAACCCAAUGGUGCUUCUCUCACUGUGCAGGAAAUUGUUAACCGUGUUAAAACGAAUCCUGGAGAUCCCAGCAUUCUUGAAACUCAAGAACCACUUCAAGAUUUGGUCCGAGGGGUUUUGAAGAUAUUUUCAUCCAGAACAGCACCUUUAGGAGCAAAAGGUUGGAAGCCACUUGUAGUGUAUGAGAAGACAAACAAAAGUUGGUCCUGGAUUGGUCCUGUAAUUCCUACUCCACCAGAUCUCGAGACUCCUGAUGAGCUGACAUCACCAGAUGCAUGGGGUCUUCCUCAUAAAAUGGUUGUUAAGCUGGUUGAUUCAUUUGCCAAUUGGCUCAAAAAUGGUCAGGAGACUCUCCAGCAAAUAGGUAGUCUGCCUGCUCCUCCCUCGACUCUUAUGGAAUUUAAUUUAGAUGAGAAGGAAAGGUUCAAGGACCUGAGAGCUCAGAAGAGUCUUGCCACCAUAGGCCCUAGUUCUGAAGAAGUAAGAUCUUAUUUCCGCAAAGAGGAAGUCCUUCGGUAUUCAAUCCCUGACAGAGCUUUUGCUUACACGGCAUUUGAUGGUAAAAAAUCCAUUGUUGCUCCGUUGAGAAGGUGUGGUGGAAAGCCAACAUCAAAAGCCCGGGACCAUUUUAUGCUAAAGCGUGAUCGUCCUCCGCAUGUAACCAUUCUCUGUCUUGUUAGAGAUGCUGCUGCUAGGUUGCCUGGUAGCAUUGGUACCAGGGCUGAUGUGUGCUCUCUGAUUAGAGAUUCUCAGUACAUUGUGGAAGAUGUUUCGGAUGCCCAAGUAAACCAAGUGGUUAGCGGAGCAUUGGACCGUCUACAUUAUGAACGUGAUCCUUGUGUGCAGUUCGAUGGGGAGAGGAAAUUAUGGAAAUACCUACACAGGGAACGGGAAGAAGAAGACUUCGAGGAUGAUGGGACUUCGUCCACUAAGAAAUGGAAGAGGCAAAAGAAAGAAGCGAAUGAAUCUGGAGAUCAGGAGACUGUUACCGUUGCUGCUUUACCUGAGAAUGGGGAACCAUCAGGUCUCGAUUUGACCUCUGAUCUGAACACUGAUCCGGCAGUGAGCAUGGAAGAAGAUAACAAGCCAGGGGAUAUGCUGCUCCACGAUGCCGCAGAUGACCCUGAAAACAAUGUUGAGAUAAGUCCUGGUUCGGUACAAGGUGUUGAUCAUGAUGCGCCUCCCAUGGUUUGGGAUCCAGUAGGUUUGAAUUCAAUGCAAGAGAACAGUUUGCUAUGUCAGGAAAAUUCUACCAAUGAUGAUUUUGAUGAUGAAAUAUUCUGUAGAGAGCCACUAGCUUAACUGUUUGAGGGUUUGAGUUGAUAAUGUAUAUUGCUAAGAGAAGUAGAUAAUUUGUACCAUGAAAGUUCUUUAUUUUUUCCUUUACACAAAUCAAAGAAACAACCCUUCUAAUUCUGAAAAGGAGAGGUACGCUGUAAAGAAGAAGAUGAGGGAAGCAGGAGAGGAAAAGAAGUUGGUGUGGCAACUUUGAUCCCUCUAUUUGAUUUCCCUCUUUGAAACAAAAGCC